CUAGAUGAGGUAAUAACAGCUUCCACUCUCCAAAUAGUGUUAUUUCUUGUUCUAAUCUCAAUAGAACCUCAGUCCUCAACCCUCAAGCUUCAUGCUCAAUGCAGCCCCUGUGCGCUUCCUCUGUUCUUCCUCUCUACGUUUCCGACCCCAUUUUCUCACUCGUUCAUUCUCCCUCUCCACCGCAACCCACUCCCCCACCGCACCACCACACCCCACCACCGAAGAUUUCUUCAUCACCCUUCUUCAACAAUGCUCCACUCUCCAACAAGCUCGCCAACUCCACUCCCAAACCAUCCUCACCGCCGCGUAUCGCAAACCCUUCUUAGCAGCCAAGCUCAUAGCUCUCUAUGCGCGCUUUGGGUCUGUCUCUCAUGCUCAGAAAGUCUUCAAUGCUGUCCCAUUUGAGCGUCUUGAUCACAUUCCUCUGUGGAAUUCGAUUAUCAGAGCUAAUGUCUCUCAUGGGUACUUCGAAUUUGCUAUUGAAAUUUAUGUUGGAAUGCGAAAAUUUGGAUUUUUCCCUGAUGGGUUCACUCUCCCGUUGAUAAUUGAGGCUUGUUCGCAUCUGGGUAGCUCUAGUCUCUGCAGGAUUGUUCAUUGUCAUGCUUUGGAACUGGGUUUUCGGAAUCAUCUCCAUGUGGUGAAUAAAUUGGUGGGGAUGUAUGGGAAGCUUGGGCGAAUGGAGGAUGCCUGCCAGUUGUUUGAUGGAAUGCCUGUGAGAACUAUUUUGUCGUGGAAUACUAUGGUUUCGGGUUAUGCGUUCAACCAUGAUUGUGUUGGUGCUUCUAGGAUUUUUAAGCGGAUGGAGUUGGAAGAUUUGCGGCCGAAUUCGGUAACGUGGACCUCGCUGUUGUCGAGCCAUAAGAGAUGUGGGCUUUAUGAUGAAACUCUUGAGUUGUUUAAGUUGAUGAGGACUAGGGGAUGUGAAAUCAGUGCUGAAGCGCUAGCUGUGGUGAUAUCUGUGUGUGCUGAUGUGGUUGAAGUUGACCGGAGCAGAGAAAUCCAUGGUUAUGUUAUUAAAGGUGGAUAUGAAGAUUAUUUGUUUGUGAAAAAUGCACUGAUAGACACUUACAGAAAGCAUAAACAUUUGGGGGAUGCACAUAAUGUAUUUUUUGACAUAAAGAACAAGAACCUAGAAAGUUGGAAUGCUUUGAUAUCGUCAUAUGCUGAAUCCGGAUUAUGUGAAGAGGCUCAUGCAGUACUCUUGCAGCUGGAGAAAUCACUUGAUGGUCAUCAGCCACUAAGGCCCAAUGUCAUAAGUUGGAGUGCUGUGAUUAGUGGUUUUGCUUCUAAGGGGUGUGGUGAGGAGUCACUGGAACUUUUCAGGAGAAUGCAGCUUGCCAAAGUAAAGCCCAACUGUGUGACAUUUUCCACUGUUUUGUCAGUUUGUGCUGAAUUAGCAGCACUAAACCUUGGCAGGGAGCUCCAUGGUUAUGCCGUUAGGAAUCUAAUGGAUGACAAUAUUUUGGUCGGAAAUGGUCUGAUUAACAUGUACAUGAAGUGUGGGGAUUUCAAGAAAGGACAUUUAGUGUUUGAUAACAUUGAGGGUAGAGAUCUAAUCUCAUGGAACUCUUUAAUAAGCGGUUAUGGAAUGCAUGGGCUUGGUGACAAUGCUUUAACUACUUUUGAUGAGAUGAUUAAGGCGGGAAUGAAGCCGGACCACGUCACAUUUGUUACUGCUCUAUCUGCUUGCAGUCAUGCUGGACUUGUGGCUGCAGGUCGCAACCUUUUUUAUCAGAUGGUUAGAGAGUUUAGAAUUGAGCCUACUGUAGAGCACUAUGCAUGCUUGGUUGAUCUCCUUGGUCGUGCUGGACUUUUGCAGGAAGCAAAUGAUAUUGUGCGAAACAUGCCAAUUGAACCUAAUGAGUAUAUUUGGGGAGCUCUGCUAAACUCAUGUAGAACGCACAAAGAUACAAAAAUUGUAGAAGAAACAGCAUCACAAAUUUUGACCCUGAACUCACAAAUAACUGGGAGCUUCAUGCUGCUGUCCAAUAUAUACGCAGCAAAUGGAAGAUGGGAGGAUUCCGCCAGGGUUAGGAUCUCGGCAAAGAAAAAGGGUUUGAAAAAAACACCUGGUCAGAGUUGGAUAGAGGUCAGAAAGAAAGUUUAUACAUUCUCAGCAGGGAACAUAGUCCAUUUAGGACUGGAUGAAGUUUAUGUGAUCCUUGAGGAAUUGGCACUUCAAAUGGCGAAUGAAAAUUAUGAACUCAAUAGUUGCUUUAAUCAAGAAUGUAUUUACGACCAAUCAGAGCUCGUACUUGUUGCAAACUGAAAGAUUGGUUCGAGAAAAGUGGGUCUCAAAAUUGUGCACUGUCCUGAUUUUCGAAUAUGCCCUGCGCUCUCCAGGGUCAACCACUGAUUCCUCUGACCAUCCCCCUCACUGUCGAUUUUAUAACUCUUGACAUUCAAAGUCCUUCUCCAAUUACUACAUGACGUGACUUUGCGUAAUGUGGUUGUGUUUUAAACACAAGAUAUCCAAGGGCUGCUGGAGAAUUAUGGCCUCGAGAGGGUUCUUGAUACUCUGGUCAUUGAGUUCACUGUUGAUUACCUGACAAAGCUUCUAGAUAUUUUCAAGAAGGUCUGCUGGAUGCUCAAAUCAGGUGGACUGGCUAUAAUGAGUGGCCUGUGAACUCUUUUGCUGGCACCGAUCGUUUGCUUUGCUUUCGUGGGAUGAAGCUGGUGUCUAUGUAUGGGAAAGAAGAAAGUUGUUUUCAAUGAUGUGCUGAUCCCACCAGAUAGAGUGGUAGAGGAAGCUCAACGAAACGGGUUGCCCAAGGCUUUGCCAUAGCUGUCCCCCCUUUACUAUCUUCCACAGGGGUCACUUGACAAGGGGAUGAGGCUGGAGAGGAAGGGUGGAAACCACCGGCUCAAGGCUCAAUCAAUGUAAACUUUGGCGCCUCCUUUAAGGCGGGAGUAGGAGCAGGGUUUGGGUUGAUAGCACGCAAUGGGUCGGGCCAAGUUUUGGCUAUUGCGACAAAUCUCAUAGUCGAUGUCUCCUCUCCUGUGGUGGCUCAGGCAUAUGCUGCUUUCGGUGGGCUAUUGAACUAACAAUGGAUUUAGGCUUUAGCGGAGUAAUCUUCGAGAACGAUUGCUAGGUGCUUCAUUGUGCGUGGAUUUCAAAGCUGAAUAGCCCUCCGUACCUCUCCUUCAUUGUGCAAGACUAUUGGUUCUUGUCUUUCGGUUUUAACUCUUGUAGUUUUGUUUAUGUUAAGCGUCAAUGUAACGCGGUGGCGACUCUUGUAGAUUUGUUGCCUUACCUGACCACAGAUGUACCUACUUUUUACUAGAUGACAAGCUAAUAAUGCUAGCUUAUCAACUUCUUUUUUAUCUCUC